AUGGUGCUCUCUCACGUGCCCACAGUGGAGGAGCUGGAGGGCGCGUCAGAGGAGGAGCAGGAGGAGUUGGAGUCAGCAGACGAGGACGUGGAGGAGGACGCUGCAGAGGAGUCCCAGGAGGAGGAGUCCGAGGAGGAGGAGGAGUCCGAGGAGGAGGAGGAGUCUGAGGAGGAGGAGUCUGAGGAGGAGGAGGGCGAGGAGGAGGAGGACGAGGCGUCCAAGUCAGAGCAGCAGGAGCGCGUGGGCAAGUCCGCGGCGGGCCGCAGCUCGGCCCGCACCAGCCCCAAGAAGCGCGCGGCCGCGGCCGCGGUCGCCACCAACAAGGCCUCCACCAAGCCCAAGCCGCAGGCGGGCGGCAGCAGCCCCGGCGGUGCCACCAAGAGGCAGCAGGCAACGGCGGGCAAGGGCUGCGUCGGCGGCAGCAAAGGCAAGGGGACGGUGGCGCCGGCCGCGCGCUCCCCCAUCGCCACGCGGCGCGGACCCAUGAAGAGGACGGCGGCGGCCUCGCAGGGCCCGAGCCCCAAGCGCCGCGCUCCCGCCACCGUGGCGAGCCCCGUGAAGCAGCUGUUUUCGCGCUUUGAGCAGCUCAACAUGAACGCCAAGGGCAAGGUGGCCGUGGGCGCCAGGAACCAGAAGGGGCGGGUGUAG